AUGGUCUACCUAAAAUCAAACCUCGGGAGCUAUAAAAGCUUCAAUUUGGAAACAUUGGUGGAGGAGAGCACAGGCCACGAGGUUGUAGACUGUGCAUCACCCCUUAACAGCUCUUCCAUUACGCUGGAUUCCCAGGAAGAAUUGCCGUUUGUGGACGAGGAACCUGUAAGGAAAAGAAGAAAACAUACUUCAAAUAAUAUUCAAAAUGAACUUUUGGAGAAAUUCCGGGCUUCAAAUAGCAAAAUUGCGGCGGAAAUUGAAGCAAUUAAAGAGAAUGACAAGGACUCCCUUCAAAUUGAAAGAGAAAGAAAUGCCAUCUACUACUGAGUAGCGAACUCAMCCUUUGUUUUCGAAACUCACUUGACCGUUUUGGUUAGAAAAGAAAUAACGCAACAGGUGUUUUUUGAAAUUGUAAAGUUGGUAAUUAUAUUUUAUUACGGAGUAUUCU